AUGUCGGGGAAAAGUGUCGGAAGUGGCGCAGUGCUGCUGAACAGCACCCAUGGUCUCCCAGGCCUGGACGGCGAAGCGAACGCGUCGCCGCUGGGCGGUUACAAUCUGCCGCUUCUCUCGUCGCGCUGGCUGUCAAGCUACUCGUCCGGGUUUCUGCUGGGGCCGUGUGAUAGCUCCAUCGGUGUGAAGGACGAGUGGCCGAAGUUGGUGCCCAGCGUGAGCGUCAGCAAUAACGCGGGCAAGUCUCACAAGUCGUCGUUUGCGCGGAGCUGUGGGUGGGGUUCGUGUAUUUUUGAACGCAUAUCACUGAAAGAAUCGGCGCCGCUAUCAUUGUCGUUGUCGGAAGACCAGUGGGGAAUUCCUGCCUCGUAUGCCUUCAACGAUGGCACUGAGACAAAGCGCGAGUACAACGAUGAACUGCAGGAGCAUACCGGGAACAUAAAGACAACAACACCGACGACAGAGGACGAUGUGCCAACUUGUGAUGCGCAUCGGGUGCGUACACUUCUUGUAUUCGCCUUGGCGGGAGGAGGCAUCAAGGGACUUGACGGCACCGCUGACGACGUGCUGAUGUGGGACAAGAACAAAUCAUCCAUAAAGAACGGCUCCCUUAACGACCUGUGCACGCGGUAUGCCUCCGGUUUCAACGCCACCCUCCUUAUUGCAUAUUCCCAACGUAGCAUUGCUGUCGCGGAAGACCUGUUUGUCGCCUUCACCAGGCAGACAGCAGCUGUAAGCACAAAGGGAAAUACACCGUGUGUCACUGUCAUCACCGCCGCCGCUAUGCCGCCAGACGGCACUGUGGCAGAUCUGAUGUGGCCGUCCGCCAGGGACGUGAGAGAAAAACUCGAGAUCGGAGUGAACCCUGUCUUUGGGAGUUGUAUUGCCAACCUCAAUUCAGUGGAAUUGAAAGACGAAUAUCAUGGUAUGGAGAUUGCGAAGGAUAUCCUUCAGAAUGCAAAACUGCUCGGUGUCGACGCGUCAAGAUAUACAGGGGGCAUAGUCUGGGUAAUGGUGCUUCUCAAACAGGUGCGUGACGAAGGAAAAGACGUAUUUCUAUCCGCUAUGCAUAUCGUGUUGAUCGGGGGGCACCUGAAACGUUUCGAUGAUAUCGCGAUGAAGAAGAGAGAGCGCGACCUGGGGUUCCUUCUGACUAAUGUGCUUGCCACCUCGGCAAAGGCCGUAUUUGCCUCGGUGGUGGAUUUCAGUGUCGAAAACCGGGCCGCGCUCAAUAUCGGAUUACGUUUGCAGGAGAUGAAGAUGGAUUUGCCGUGCGACGGCAGCGUUCGAAAGUUUAUAGACAAUGCCGAUGCUGAGCUGAAUGAUGGCACAAGGGGGAAGUGCAAACGUGAGGCGCUGCUGAUCAAGGGAACAGGAGGAAUUGAGAAGGUCGUGCAGGACGCGCAGCUCUUCUUGACGGACACACUCUGCAGGCCAGUAAAGGUGUACCUCACUUCAUCAAAGUCGUGGGACUCUUCGGAGGCAAUGCAAAGCCACCCAAGGGGACUAAAGACGCCUUCGUCAGAAAACCACUCAAAUAUUUAUCAGAACUCGGCACAGCAAGACGGUCUGAUAUUUCCACCCCCGAUCCUCGUGCAGAGAAAGGGAAAUAAUGCCAGAUCAAGCCGUUUGGCUGGUAGGGGUAGCUCUUUUGGAACAGUCCGUGAUGGUCUGUCCUUGCCUAUCAUGCGCCGCGGUAUUUUGAAGGGAGAAAUGUGCCGUCAGCAGACAAAGGGCGGCUCAUCGCGGUUGAAACAGAUAUUUUCAGCCACAGAAGUUUGCCAGGGAGCGUUAACAGAACAGCACCUAGACGGUCGGGGAAAAACAAGCCCAAGCCGACAGCUGCGGUUCUCCGAGGGAACGCUAAGAGGACAGGUUCAACAGGUAGCACCACCAGUGAAACGGGUAGCGAAGGACAGAACUCUUCCAAAGCGGCAGAUUGCCUACACGGCGCCGCCGAUGAAGGUGUAUAGCGAGAGUGAACAUUCAGUCAUCUGGAGCUAA